AUGAGCUGGAGACAGAGAAAGGCGCAGUCUGGCAGCGGAUGCCUUUGGGCGCAGCUGCGGGUGAACAGAACUAAGAGUUUCGAGCACAAGGACGUUCUAGAGGACUCCACGUCCUUCAAGGACGUCAUGUCGCAGCUGCAGAAGAUUGAAUCGGAGAACCUGGCCUGCAUGACUGGCCGCUGCAGCGACAGGUACAACUACAUCACAAGUUCCGUGCGCAACAACAACCACAGCAUGUCCAUCGCUCCCCAUCAUGAGCGGAACAAGACGGUCUGCAUUCCCAACGUUGUGACUUCAGUCAAGAAGACGCUAACCGUUGCCAUCCCGACCCUCGACCUGGAGGUCAUGCUGGAGAAGCAGAAGCAGAGGCGGUUUCAGAGGACCGGGUCUGUGACCGAGAGGACGAGGGGCCAUCCUGCCUCCGACUCUGCGCUGUCGUCGAGCAGUACCCCCAAGGCAGGCAUGGAGACCGACUGGCUGUCUCCGACGGCGGGAGAGGAGGAGAGGGUGGUGGGAAGGAGCGCCAGGUGGGGCGAUAAGCAUAAAUGGAGAAGCAGGAUCAUAGCGUCAGCUAGCCAACCGAGUCUCUCCCAGUCGCUCAACGAUAUUUUCAGCCUAGAGAGGGAUACGAGCGAUGGGCAGACGUCACCGGAGGUAGCGACUACCCCUAUGACCUCCCGCUCCUCCCCCAUGGUCCGUGCCAAGCGCAUGGGGCGGCUGCCCCUCGUUGCCAGCACGCCGCGGCAGAAACGGGAGGAGCUGCUGGGAAAUGCUGUGCAGAACACCAUCAAUCGAUGCCAGGUGCUGCAGAGGAAAGUGAUCAUCAGGCACGAGGAGGCGGAGAAGCUCGAGAUGCAGCGGAGGAGGAAGGAGACGAGGAAGCUGCUGCGCGAGAAGGAGGAGGAGGCGAAGUUGCUCAUGCGCGCCUGGCUCCCCAUCGUCUGCUCCGUCCGCGCGCUGCAGGCGAUGCAGCAGGUGCUCGACAAGGACCGCCGCGUUCGCAUCUACGUCGCAGAUGCAAGAAGAUCCAGCAAGCCUGGAGGAGCGUUCAGGAUCCUUUUCUUCCUCCGCAGGCAGUUGGUUGCGCGGAGGAUCAGGAAGAAGGGAAGGCAGUCGGACCUCAUCGCUGGCUGGCUCAAGGAAGAAGUGCCGAAGCUCAUGUUCGUCAAGGCGAUACGCAUGUUCCGCAUGCGCGUCGUCACGUUGCAGCGGGGGGUCCUGAGGUUCCUGGGGACGAUGGAAAGGCUGAGGUCCAAAAUCCGUGCAGUGAUCGACCAGGCGGAGGAGGUAGAGAGGAUCAGCAUUAAGAACCACGUCAACGAGCUGGGCUGGUUCCAGGCCAUCGUCGCUCAUGCUUGCGCCGAGACGAAGACGUUUGCAUGCAAGCGGCUGGCAUCGGCGAUCCUCCGCGUGCACGCGAGGAGGAGGAAGGUGUUCGAAGUGGAGAUGGAGGAGUACAGCUUGAAGCUGCGCAACGUGCUGGCAGUGCGGAGGGGCCUGCGGGGCUUCCUGGGGAUGAUGCAUGGGACGACGGGGAAGUCCAACGAGUUCAAGGAGGAGCUGGAGAGGAACGCGCAGCACGACUUCUGCGUUGAGGACGUUCCGGUUCUGCCCAGCCUGGCGGAGUUGAUCAAGGAGGAGCUGAGUGACAAGACGACUAGGAGGAUCGUCGUGGCGAUCAUGACGGCGGAUGGAAUCGGGCUGGGCCCCAAGGACACCCUGCUGCCCAAUACUAUUGUUGGACCUGAAAGUGAGAUUUGUUGA